AUGCACAGCCUGGCGGUCAUUGUCUGCAGCGCCUUCCUUGGGCUCUGCUCAGGACAGGCUUCUCCAGAUCUCAUCACUUCCUUGCCUGGAUUGUCAGAAAUGCCGGCCUUCAAGCAAUGGUCAGGCUACCUCCAGGCAGGCUCUGGCCGCUAUUUCCACUAUUGGUUUGUGGAGUCUCAGGGCAACCCAGCUACUGACCCAGUGGUGCUCUGGCUGAAUGGGGGACCCGGCUGCAGCUCAAUGGAAGGCUUUCUGUCCGAAAAUGGUCCGCUCCAUCUGAAUAAUGAUGGCACACUCUACUUGAACCCCAGCAGCUGGAACAAAGUAGCCAACAUGAUUUACCUGGAAUCCCCUGCUGGAGUUGGCUAUUCCUAUGCCACUUCUGAGAGCUAUACCAUCAGUGACAGCCAGGUGGCCGAGGACAACUACCUGGCUGUCCAGAGCUUCUUUGCCAAAUUUCCAAACUUUGCCAACAAUGAUUUUUAUGUUUUUGGGGAAAGCUACGGUGGAGUCUAUGUUCCCAGUCUUACUGCCAAGAUUGCAGAAGGAUCAGCAGCUAUCAACCUGAAGGGAUUUGGGGUUGGCAAUGGUAUGUCAAGCUAUUCUCUCAAUGAUCUGACACUGAUGGAAUUUGGCUACUACCAUGGAUUGUUCGGAGAUGACCUGUGGGCAUCCUUGACAGAAAACUGCUGUAAUGAAGAAACUUGCAACAUCUCCAACAAUGACAACAGCAACUGUAUCACCGCAAUAUCAAAAGCUUACGGGAUCCUUUAUGGCAUUGGCCUCAACAUGUACAACCUCUAUGCAACUUGCUGGGGAGGUGCACAUUACCAGGACCGCUAUGAAGCUGACCUGUCUAACCUCUUACGCUACUACCAGUUUAAUGUCCCGGUUCCGAAAGUUGGAUCCAUCCCAGGAGUGCCAAAAUGUAUAAAUGCCACUGCGAUGUAUGUCUGGCUGAACCAAGAUGAUGUCCGGCAGGCACUCCAUAUCCCGAGUGCUCUCCCAAACUGGGAACUCUGCAGUUCACAGGUGAGGGCUCGUUACCAAAGGCAAUAUACAGACAUGGCUACGUUCUACAACUAUCUGCUGGCGCAGGAUCUGCGAGCAUUGGUUUAUAAUGGAGAUGUGGACAUGGCUUGCAACUUCUUGGGGGGCGAAAAAUUUGUCGCAUCUUUAAACCAGUCCGUGCUAAGUGAUUAUCAGCCCUGGUACUUCAAUGAUCAGGUUGCUGGAUUUUUCAAGGAGUAUGAGAAAAUCACAUUCCUCACUGUAAAGGGUGCAGGUCACAUGGUUCCACAGUACAAGCCUGAACAAGCUCUGAAGAUGUUUGAAUGUUUCCUCUCUAAAACCACUUAUGUAUGAUCCACUACCCUACCUUUUCUAAUGGCUAAUAAAUAACAUUGAAAAGGUGAGGAGGAAAAUGGUCAUCCAUACUGCUUUGUAAUACUUUCUGCAAUAGCUUUGUAACAUAAUUGAAUACCUAAAUUGAAGGUAUAUGCAUACUGUAUUCAUUUAAUG